AUGGAUUCUUUUGAGAUUAAUAAAAAUGAAGUUGGGAAGGCAAAUGUGACCUUGAAGCAUCUCCGUCUUUGGAAGCUGGCAAAAUUGUUCAGGGUAAUUGAGAUUUGUGUUCUUUUGGUCAUAGUCUCUCGUUAUUCCACUCAAUUUCCACUUGCUGUAAAGAAAUCUGGGAAAUAUUUCAAGGACUUAACAGUUGUCCUUGUUAGCCCAUGUUUUGUUUUCCUAAUCGGAAACGCAAUAGUUGUCAUUCUUUUUGUACAAUCAAACCAGUUUAUGGCUCAUGAUUCUAGCAGAAAGAAUCCAGAAAAUGAUUUCUGUAAAGAGUUUGUGGAGAAGAGCAAAAAGACUGAAAACACUCACCGGUAUAAGGUCAAGUACAGAGAAAAACAGAGUAAAUGUCAAGAAAAUGUAGUUAGUGCAGGCACACAUACAUCUUGCAAAACCAAGAAUUAUAGAAGAAGUCAAUCAGAAAAAUCCAAGUCUGUGAAUGGAGAUAAACCUUUCCGGGAACUGAGGAGAUUGGGGACAGAGAAGCACAACAAAGGUACUAAUUCUGGGGAGAGAGUAGUGAAAAAUUGCUCCUCCGUAGAUAACAUGAGCAAUGAAGAGUUUCAACAGAUGAUUGAGGCUUUCAUAGCAAGGCAGCAUAACUUCAGAAUUAAAGAAGAGCACUCUGUGAUUUAA